CUAUAAAAAUGUAUUGGUUGUGAUUAAGUUUGUUUUUUCCUUAUGGUUUUAUUCUUUGCAAGAAUUUUUUAACACCUUUAAAAAAUACAUUUUUACAUUUAAAGACAUGUUUAAAAACUAAUAUACCAGCUUUUUAAUUGAAAAAAAUACAGUCAUGAAUAUUUCAGAAUUCUGGAAUAAAGUUUUUUUACUUUUAUGGAAAAACUUUUCCCUUCGCAAAAGGCAGAUAUUGCGUAACAUUGUAGAAAUUCUGUGGCCUCUUGGAAUUUUUCUCAUAUUAGCUGCAGUUCGUGGAAGAAAAGCUCCAAUAUUUGUUCCUGCAAAUAAAGGGUCUAUAUACUUUGCACCACGUGCACUUCCAUCUGCUGGAGCUCUACCCUUUGUUCAAUCACUGUUUUGUAAUUAUAAACUAGACCGCUUUUUCACAAAACCACAAGAUAUUCCAGAUAUUUCACAAACAAUAUUAUAUAAACUGGUGCAUGAUUUUGGACCAAUUAUAACAAAUGAAACAAAUUUACGUAAUAUUGAAGUACUUUCAAAGGAAUUAUCAUCAGUUUUUAUUGAUUUUAUAAAUACUUCAAACAUUUUUAAUACAACAGAGUUUCCUAUUGAAAAGCUUUUUUUGAAUAAAGAUGCUGCAAUAAGUUUAUUAACAAACAUAACUCUUGACAACAGCACAGUACAAGCUCUUCUCUCGAGCAAAAUUAAGAUUAAAGAGACGUUUCUUCAUUUAGCAGAUUUUGAUUGGAACAAAUUAAACCCAUUUAAUCUAAUGCAGGAUUUAAAAGACCAUUUUUGCUUAAACGACACAUUAGGUGACAUCCUUGAUUUUCCUGUUGCUGUUAACAAGAGUUUGGUUGUAUCAGAUAUGUGCAAUCAUUUUGAACAAAUCGUUUUAUUAGUUUUUUCAAAAAAAAAUGAAAUCAUAGCAGUGCUACGGAAUUCUUCUCAAGUUCAAGAUUUUGAAAAUAUGUUUGUUAAAAUGCUUACUCAACUAAAUGCAUUUUAUUCGCAGAUUGAAAGUGUUAAUAUUACAUGGUUAAUAAAAGAUCUUUCACAAUUAAUUCAACCAUUUAAUCAGUCUAUGGGUGACAGUUCACAGUUGUUUAAUAUAAGAUAUAUUUUAUGUGGUGAUGCAUCUUCAAACAUAUCUGAGAGACAAAACCAAUCGAACUCUGAUUCAAAUCAAUCUAAAAAACCUUUACCUUUAAAAGGAGGUGGCUUGAGCAGCUCCUGUAAUCAAAUUCCUCCAGCCAAUCGAACUGACUGUGGCUGGGGUGGAAUAUCAGAAAGCCAAUGCUACAAACUUAACUGCUGCUUUGAUAGUUCUAUACCAGCAACCAAGUUUUGUUUUUGUCCAACCAACAAUGUCAGUAGUUGUUGUUACAAACGAAGAAAGCUUAUUGAAACAAUAUCAUUAUCCUCUGGUUACACCCCCCAAAUGGUUGAUUUUUUGUCAAUGACUCUUGAAGGGAAGAUUUUAUAUACUCCCAAUAACAAUAAAACAAGAUAUGUUAUUCAAAAGAUCACAUCUUUUAUUACAUCGAUAACUAACCCCAUCAGUAACCAAACAGAUGUAAAACUGUUCAUUGAGACAGUUUUUAAUUUUACUAGUGAGCUUUUAAAAGACAGACAAUAUCUGGAUAAGAUUAAUCUUUUAAUACCAAUGGCACAAUCACCAUUAGUGAAGAAUAUUUUACGUUUUUUACCAAUUUACAAUAUUACUGAUAAAGAAAUUAAUCAAUUUGAGAACACUUUAUCAAGUAUUAAGAUGCUAAUAAAUUCAACAUAUUUAACUGAUGAGAACCUUUGGAUGAUGAGAAAUAUUACAUAUUUAGCAUUACAGUAUUAUGAAGAUAUUAGCUCUGCAUUAGGUUGUUAUGAUUUCACAAGUUUUUUUGUACCUUUUAAUACAGAAGAAGACUUAGUCAAUUAUGCCAUUAAGAAAAACACAACAUUUUUAUCAAGUGUUGUUUUCUUAAACCUUAAAGAAACAAAACCUUUUCCAAAAAAAGUAGCAUAUAAAUUGCGAUUUAACCCUGAUUACACACCAACAACGUCUCGAGUAAAAAGCCAGUAUUGGAAGCCAGGACCUGGAACUACAGGACCAUUAUCAUUUUGGAAUUAUGAAUAUAUUAAUUUUGGGUUUGUAUUUUUGCAAGAUAUGGUAGAUCGAACUCUUAUUGAAAUUCUAUCAAACAAAACUGUCUAUCAACCAGGAGUUUAUGUUCAACAAUUUCCGUAUCCAUGUUAUAUUGACGACAUGUUUAUUUCAUAUUUGGGUCGAUCAAUGCCUUUGUUUAUGACUAUUGCGUGGGUUUACACCAUUGCAAUGGUUGUAAAAAGUAUAGUUUAUGAAAAAGAAAUGCGAUUAAAAGAAGUGAUGAAGGUAAUGGGACUUACUGAUUCAAUUCAUUGGACAGCAUGGUUUAUCACGAGUUUUGUAUCUAUGUUAUUAUCUAUUGUUGUGCUUGUUAUUGUGCUCAAGUUCGGAAAAAUCCUAAUUUAUUCAGAUUUUUCACUAGUUGUUUUUGUUAUGUCAAUCUUUGCAAGUGCAUCUAUAGCAAUGGCUUUUUUAAUUAGUGUUUUUUUUUCAAGAGCAAAUAUUUCAGCCGCAUGUGGUGGUAUAAUUUAUUUUUUCACUUACCUUCCCUAUGUAGUUACAGUAUAUUUUGAAGAUGGAAUGACUUUUAGUUAUUUAAGUGCUGUGUCCUUGCUUUCAACAACAUCAUUUGGACUUGGUUUUAAAUAUAUUUCACGCUGGGAAGAACAAGGAAUUGGUGCUCAGUGGGCAAAUAUUUUUCAAAGUCCGUCUUCAAAUGACAAAUUUAGUCUUGGUUGGGCAGUAAACUUUAUGAUAAUAGAUUUUUUCAUAUACUCUUUGAUGGUUUGGUACUUUUCUAAAGUUUUACCAGGUGAAUAUGGGAUCCCUAAGAUUUGGUAUUUUCCAUUUACAAAAUCUUAUUGGUUUGAUGUUAAGCAGAAGCACUUGUUUGUUCAAAGUGGUCAUACACACUCUAAAAGUGGUUAUAAUAUGAUGAAUGAUCAAGCAACUUCAGCUGUAGAAGGUGAUGCUGACUUUAAUAAUACAGAAGUUAAUUUCAACAGAAACGAAGACUUUGAAAAAGAACCUACUGAUUUACCUAUUGGAAUCCAUAUUAAAAAUCUUGUUAAGGUUUAUCAACGAGGAAAUAAAUGUGCGGUAGACAAUCUCAAUUUAAAAAUGUAUGAAGGACAAGUCACUGCAUUACUUGGUCACAACGGAGCUGGGAAAUCAACUACCAUGUCCAUUUUAACUGGUCUUUUUCCACCAACUUCAGGUACAGCAUUGGUUUGCGGCUAUGACAUAGUUACAAAUGUAGAAAAAAUACGCAAAAGUUUAGGCAUAUGUCCUCAGCAUAAUGUUCUGUUUGACAAUUUGACUGUAGAAGAACACAUGUGGUUUUAUGGUAAAUUGAAAGGAAUGUCUAAUGAAAAACUUAAUGCUGAAGUGGAAAGAUUUGUUGUUGAUGUCGGUCUUCCUAAAAAACGGAAUGAGCUUUCUCGAAAUUUGUCUGGUGGUAUGAAACGAAAGCUUUCUGUAGCAAUGGCAUUUAUUGCUAACUCAAAGACUGUUAUCUUAGAUGAACCAACUUCUGGUGUUGAUCCAUACUCUCGUAGAGGAAUUUGGGAUCUUAUUUUAAAACAUAAGCAAGGUCGAACUAUAUUACUAUCAACACAUUAUAUGGAUGAAGCUGAUGUGCUCGGAGACAGAAUAAGUAUUAUAUCAAAUGGCAAACUUAAAUGUAAUGGUUCACCACUAUUUUUAAAACGUCGCUUUGGAAGAGGUUAUGUUCUAACUAUUUUGCUAGAUGGAGACACCAUUUAUCCUCAAUCAUCCUUUCAACUUCAAAAUUUUAUUAGUUCAUUUGUUCCCGGUGCAUUACUGGAUAAAACAUUGAAUAAUGAAUUAACUUUUCUGCUGCCAUCUGCAGCAAGACUAACAGGAGAGUUUGAAAACUUAUUUUUUCAUCUUGAAGAAUCUAUGAAAACAUUUGGAAUCCAAAGUUAUGGAGUUUCAGAUACAAGUCUUGAAGAGGUGUUUUUGAAAGCUUGUGAUGAUGAAGGCUGUCUUGAUGAAGGUGGUUCUUCUAUGAGAGAUAUUCUAUCACCAAGUCGAAUGAAUCAUGAGCAAAUUAGUUUAGCUUCCUUUGAUUCUUUAUCAGCAUUGACUUUUUCAAAUAAUGAACUAAUAGAACCAGGUUUAAAUGACUUUGAGUCAGACUUUAUUCCAUCCAACCGUUUUUUAUGGCUCCAACAGUAUAAAGCAGUCCUUACUAAACGUUUCUACCAUGCAAUUAGAAGUCGUAAAGGCUUUUUUUCUCAAAUUUUGCUUCCUGCUAUAUUUGUUGUUGCUGCAAUGUGUGUCUCAUUAAUCCGACCUCCUAGAGUUGCUCAACCCUCAUUGAAGUUGUCCACAGAAAUGUUUUCAAAGCCAAAUUAUGUUGUAGUUGAUGUUUCAAAAUUUAACAAUUUUUCAGAAAAUCUUUUAAAAUCAUACGUAGAGUAUCCAGGACCAGAUGGAGGUUGCGAAAAGAUGAAGUCAUGUAUUCAUAAAAAAAAUCCAUUCAAGCAUAACCCAAAUUCUUCUAAACUAAUUCAAACUCUUCAUUGUUCCUGUAGUACUGGUAAACAAAAAUGUGUUGGAAAUUUACCAAAAACACCUAUGCUAUUAGCAAAUAAUGGAGAUACAUUUCUCGAUGUUAGUGGUUAUGAUAUUAAUGACUAUUUGCUUUCUACUACUGAUGCUUAUGCUAAAGAGAGAUAUGGUGGUGCAUCUUUUUCACAGAUGAAGAAUAGAUUACCUGAUUUGGAAACAUCUAAUUUUUCUUGGUGGAACUUUGCAUCAUCAUUUGGUGUUAAACAAAAUGUUAAGGUUUGGUACAAUCUCAAAGGAUAUCAUUCACUUCCAGUUUACAUAAACUUUAUGAAUAAUGCUAUUUUACGAGCAAAUCUUCCAUCUACAGAAGAUUUAUCACAAUAUGGAAUCACAGCUUACAACCAUCCCAUGGAUUUAAAUCAAGAACAGCUGCAAGAUGAAGUUUUGCGCCAGGGACUAACAGAUUUAUUUGUAGCAAUUUUUGUUAUUCUGGCACUUGCUUUUGUUCCUGCCAGUUUUCUAGUCUAUCUUGUUCAAGAUCGGGCAAGUAAAUGCAAACACUUGCAAAUAGUGAGCGGGUUAAAUCCUGUUGUGUAUUGGGUAGCUAAUUACACUUGGGAUAUGAUGAAUUAUUUGAUCCCAGCAUUCAGUUGUAUUUUUAUAUUCCUUAUGUUUAAUCAACAAGCAUAUGUUUCUUCUCAAAACUUUCCUGUUACACUUAUACUAUUGUUGUUGUAUGGAUGGGCUAUGACACCUUUGAUGUAUCCAAUGUCUUUUGUGUUUGAAGUACCAAGUACUGCAUAUAUUGUAAUGAUCCAAGCAAAUUUAUUUGUUGGUAUCAUUGGAACUAUUGCAACAUUUAUUCUAGAAUACAUUGGGGAUGGAGACCAGGAACUUACCAAUAUCAACCAUGUUUUGAAACAGGUAUUAUUAAUCUUCCCAAAUUUUUGUAUGGGGAGAGGACUGAUGGAGCUUGCAGGAAAUCAAUUAAAAUCUGAUGUUUAUAAAAGAUUUGGUUUAGAUUCAUUUAAAGAUCCGUUUGCAUGGGAGAUAACUGGCCGUAACAUAUUUGCAAUGGCUGUCAGUGGAUUUAUCUAUUUUUUCUUUACACUGCUGUGUCAAUACAACUUUUUCAAAAAGCCAUGGGUAUAUCCAUUAAAGAAAGAUUUGCACAAAAGAAUUAUUGAUGAAGAUGUUUCAAAAGAAGAGCAUCGAAUUGCUAAAGAAGAAAGCGAAGGAAAAAAAUUUAUUCUAAAGGCAUUUAAACUGUCAAAGGUUUAUAAAGAUUUUAUGAGAAAAAAGAAAAUACUGGCUGUUAAUCAAUUAACAUUUGGUGUAAAAGAAGGGGAGUGUUUUGGCUUACUUGGUGUAAAUGGAGCUGGAAAAACAAGUACUUUUAAAAUGUUGACAGGAGAUAUUAAUAUAACAGAUGGUGAUGCAUUUAUAAAUAACCAGAGUGUUAGUGGGCAUUUGACUGAUGUUUAUCGCUCAAUGGGUUAUUGUCCUCAAUUUGAUGCUAUUGAUGAGCUUUUAACUGGGAAUGAAUUGCUUCUAUAUUUUGCUCAACUUCGUGGACUAAAUAUGGCUGAAAGCAUAAAAGCUGCAAAUUGGGCUAUACACACACUUGGAUUAUCUCAGUACAAAGAUAAAAGAUGUGGUGAUUAUAGUGGCGGCAAUAAGCGAAAGCUUUCUACAGCAAUUGCACUUAUAGGAAGACCUCCAUUAAUUUUUUUGGAUGAGCCAACAACAGGAAUGGAUCCAGGUGCUCGUAGAUUUCUUUGGAAUGUUAUAAACUCCUUGUUAAAAGCAGGGAAAUCUGUUGUGAUAACAUCACAUAACAUGGAAGAAUGUGAAACAUUAUGUUCUCAAAUUGCAAUAAUGGUGAAUGGAGAAUUUAAAUGCAUAGGAAGUCCCCAGCAUCUAAGGAGCAAAUAUGGUGUUGGAUAUAUCAUUAUAAUUAGGUGUCAUACUUCAUCAUUUGAAACCAUUGAUACAUUUAUUAAAUCAAGUUUUGCAAACACAUCUCUUCAGGAUCGUCAUCACAAUAUGCUAGAAUACCGAAUUCCAAGUAUUGGUCUUAAGUUAUCAGAUGUAUUUCAUAAAUUAGAACAACUUAGAAAAACCGAAUCUAUUGAUGAUUAUUCGAUUACACAGACUACCCUUGACCAAAUAUUUGUAAAUUUUGCACGCGCUCAAAUUGAAUCUCAACAAAUCAUCGAUAGUGAUAAUAUGACGCCCACUUCAGGCAUGAUGAUGGAUGACGUCGCACGACGAAAUGUGGUGAUUUAAAUGUUUAUCAAAAAGUUUUUUAAAUUUACGCAAUUGAAGGUUCUGAUACACUUUUUUUAACUUUUAGGAAAAAUUAAUUGUACAAUAACCAUGUAUAAUAGUUUUUAUUUAUAACUUCAUGUUUUUUUAGUAUUUUGUAAAAAUUAUUUUGUAACACGAAUGUUGCUUGUUUAUUUUUCCACGUUACGUAAGAAGUAUUUAAAAGAAACUUUA